CUCCUCAAAAAAAAAAAAAAACCUAGUUCCGCAGCGCCGACGUCGAAAGCAGAAGAUCGGAGGGCGAGAGAACAUAAUGGCGACAGGGAAAACAGUGAAGGAUGUGUCUCCACACGAGUUCGUCAAGGCUUACGCUGCCCAUCUCAAACGCUCCGGCAAGAUUGAGCUGCCACCGUGGACAGACAUAGUGAAGACUGGUAAACUCAAGGAGCUUGCUCCUUAUGACCCUGACUGGUACUACAUCAGAGCCGCAUCGAUGGCGAGGAAAGUGUACUUGAGAGGUGGGCUUGGAGUCGGUGCCUUCCGCAGGAUCUAUGGAGGAAGCAAGAGGAACGGAAGCCGUCCUCCUCAUUUCUGUAAGAGCAGUGGUGGUGUUGCUCGUCACAUUCUUCAGCAGCUUCAGACCAUGAACAUUGUCGACCUUGACACCAAGGGGGGGAGGAAGAUCACAUCGAGUGGUCAGAGAGAUCUUGACCAAGUUGCGGGAAGGAUCGCAGCUGCCGUUUAAAAAUCAAGAUCGCAAUGAACUGAUUGUCAUUUUUGAGAUUAGUUAAAAUGGAAUGAGUUGCCUUUUGAAACUAAUAGUGGAUAUAGACUUUGUUCUCAUUUUUUUGUUUUGACGAGUUAUUUAUUUCCUUUUCCUGCUUUUGUAUUCUCAGUCUCAGCGACUUAUCCAAAAAUAUUUGAUACUAUCCA